AUGAAAGAGGUAUUGCAAGGGGACGGUGCCUUCUGCCACACCGGCAUCGUCUCCGCCUCCUCCCUCGCCUCUUUCCUUGAGAAUCAGCAUUUCCUGGAACUCUGCCAGAACGAGAAGGAUAGAUCAUAUCUCAACAUCCUCCGGUUUGGAGACAUCCAUCGCAGCGACGUCGCCCUCAUCACCCGAAUCUGCGAUUGGAUCCUGAAACAGAGGAAUACCGCCUGGUUGAAGGAUGUGGAUAUUGCAGAGGCUGCUGUGGACGAUUUCCGGAGGUCGCUGAGGGAGUUCCUGAUGAAUGAGUUGAAAGACCACAAUGGGAUCUUUGUUAAGGCUCUGAAGGCGCCCAUACGGGAUCCUGGGCAGCAACACCACGAUAUGUCAUUCGGACGCGUCUGA